AUGCCGAACGAAAAUGUGCCAAAUAGUUAUGACAAAACAGAUAUUAUUCACAUUGAAGCAGAUUCAGUAUCUGGUGCUAUAUACGACAUAAUGGUCCAGAUAUCACAACACCAUGACGUGGGCGGUGACCAAAAAUUGAACAAAGCUCCCAGGAAUAUCCGUGCUGAUUGUUUGAGUGCUUGGGCCAGAAACGAAUCCAAUGAUGUGGAACCGUUACCGAAACAGUGCACGGGUGAUUGUGGCCGUCGUUGCAGUAAAAAUGAGAACACUAAUAAACUAAACAAUGGUGAAGAGCUGAGCAGUUAUAAGAUUUAUGGCAAGACAACUAUUGUUAAAACUGAAGCAUAUUCAGUAUCAAGUGUCUUACGUCACCAUCGUCCAAAAUAUAUCACAUCAUUGAUUGGAACACCAGUCUUAAAACAUAGUUCUGGAAGGAAAGCACGAUUGAUUAAAAUAGAUUCAAAUGAAACUGAAACAACAUACCUUUCACUACCUAGAGCCGGGGAAAAAAGAAAAAUGGUACUGACUGAGGAUAGCGACAAAAAAUUUAAAAAAGUUUAUCUACCUGAUGAAAUUUCACAUCCUGUCAAAUCAAUUAUGUUUGCCGAUGACACACAUAUUUAUCUCAAAGGGAAAAACAUUAAAUCAAUGACACGUCAACUCCAAGAUUGCCUAAACGAUCUGUCCAAGUGGUGCUUCCACUCAGGUUUUAUUUUCUCACCAGAAAAAACCAAAUGUAUAAUGUUUACCAAAAAGAAACAAAGUUCAAAACCAAAGUCAUUUUUGGGAAACACACCCUUACCCUUUGUAAACAACAUAAAAAUUCUAGGUUUGAUGUUUGAUAGCAAGCUUACUUGGAAACCUCAUAUAAGUAAGACCAAAACAACCACGACCAAAAGUAUCAAUAUCUUAAAAACGUUGAGCCAUGCUGAAUGGGGAGCUGAAAGUAAUAUAUUAAUCAACUUAUAUAGAUCUCUCGUUAGGUCCAAAUUAGACUAUGGGUCCAUCUGCUAUACCAAUGCAAACCCCAAUGUUCUUAAAACAAUUGAUAUAAUUCACAACAGUGGUCUAAGAGUUGCAACUGGAGCUUUUCGAAGCAGCCCCAUUCCAAGUAUAUUAUCUAUCUCUGGAGAACCACCCCUUCACAUUCGUAGAAUCAAAUUAGCUCUAAAUUAUAUUGCUCGCAUCCUAUCCUCCCCAGAAAAUUCAACAUUACCAUUCUUAACACAUAAUCGUUUUGCAAAUACAUUUUGCUCCAAUCCCAAUCUAAAAAAACCACUGGGUCAAAGGAUGUUAUAUGAAAUGUCACACACCAAUAUUGAUCCAAAUUUAAUUAUCAAACGAGAAUGCAGUGUGGUGCCCCCUUGGAGGGUUCCAACAUUUCUUGUGGACACCAGCCUAGCGGAUCAUAGUAAAAAAGAAACGUUAAAUGUUAUAUAUAAAAAUUUAUUCAAUGAAAUCAUGGACUCUUUUCCAUCUGAACCACAAAUCUAUACAGAUGCCUCAAAAACAAACUCAGGUGUUACGAUCGCUAUCAUAAACGGAGAGCAAUCCAUAUCGUACAAAUUACCAGACCAUAACAGUAUAUAUACGGCGGAAUACUUUGCACUCCUGGAAGGAGUCCACCUAGCCAUUCAACUACCCGAUUCCACCAUUAACAUUUGUACAGAUUCGCUCAGCGCUCUAAACAAUCUGAAAUACAAUUUACACUCAAGCAUCUUAGCAAUCAAAAUAAGCAACAUCAUUGAAAAUGCCAACAAAAACAUACGGUUCAUAUGGACACCUGGCCACAGCGGAAUUGAUGGCAACGAGAAAGCUGACAAAGCAGCUCGUGAAGCAGUAAAUAACCCUCUGACUGAAAUACGCACGUACUCCUCACUCAUCGACAUCCAUAGAAAUGUCAACACCUAUUGUACCAAUCUAUGGGAAUCUGAAUGGCGUCGUACACCCAAUAACAAACUGAGAGAAAUAAAAAAUACUACCGAAUACUGGCCUAAACCCCAUACAUCAAAUCGUAAAGAUGAAGUAGUUAUCAAUAGAUUACGUAUAGGUCACUCAAAGAUGUCCCAUGGUCAUCUUAUGCGCAGAGAAGAACCAGCAAUGUGUGUCGCGAUGUUGACAAUGUGGACAACGUGGACAAUGUGUAUUGAGACUUCUCUGGAAUAA